GUGCUCCCGAGUUUCUUGUUUUCUUUCUCAAAUUCGUCUGCAAGAUUCUGUCUCGUUUCCUUAACUCACUCUCGCAGGCCUCAGCCGCGAACGCGCCACUCCUCACCAGCACCCGUCUCCGCGUGUGUCCCUCUACGCUGUUAUCAGCGGACAUCUGGGGCGUCGGGGACGGCGUUGCGGCCUUCUCUUGCCGAGUUUCAGUUUUCCUUUCCGUUUGUUUGUAUUUUCUGGGUUCGUGGUGGGCUUUUCGAGUGGGAAUCAAACGCACCGCGAAACGCGUGCACUGGAGGCGGCUAUCCGGGUCUCGAUUCCCUCCGUCUCUGAUGUGCCGCUGCGUGUGGCCGUCUCUCGUCGGUCCAGUGUCUACCGAAACCUGGGUCUCUGCCGCAGCUCGUUUCUUCUUCUUUUCGCACCUAAACUCCCACUGCGAAACUCGUCUUCUCUCCCUGAAAACGGCCGCCUUUGUCUCUUGCUGCUUCUCCCCGUUCUCAGCACUGCCCAGGAUCGUAUCCCCGUAAUCUAGAGUCCAGAGAGAACUGAGCACCGUGCGUGACACCUCAAACUUUGACAAAGAGGAAAAGAGAUCUGGAUCGUCGACACCGUGAACCGCAUAGCUGUUUCUGUCUUCUGGGGUCUGCGACACCGCAGCCGCUGCCACCGCACACCGACUCACUCUCUCCCCGUUGCUGUAGCCCAACCACAGAAAAGCACAGAGGCGUCGACAGAGUCUUCCCUUUUUCUGUCUUUCUCCCUGUGGCUCUCGGAGUGUCUCGUCCUUCUCUUGGUGUCUCUGUUUUGGGCUGCGUCGCCUUCUCCGCAAUGGAGUCGAAUCGGCGAAGAGCACCCUGCCCCCCCGCCUCUGGGGUCUCUCCCGGCAGUAUCCUGUGCUUGUUUCUCUUGUCUCUUCUUCCUUGCGCUCUCGGAGCAUCACAGAAGAACUCAGCCGAGCUCCUGGACUCUCUGGCGUGUGUCGGCUCUCCUCCGGAGACGGCGGAGAACGCGACCGCGUCGCUGGGGUCCUGGGAGCAGGUUCCCUGCCUCGAUGCGGCAUCUGUCAGUGUGUUCACUUCGAGAAAAGAAGUGCAGGCCGGAAACAUUUUACUUUUUCUCGACAUCGACGACACCGUCAUCGCCUCCGGAGGCUGGAACGAGGUCAUGGGCAAUAGCCUCGGUGGCGUCGAUGACCGAUAUCCCAGGGGAUCGGAGUACCCCGGCUUCAGCGCCGUUCUGUUCCUCCUCGCUCUCGGACCGCAUGCGCGGAACUUGAAGAGCGGACAACUGACGGAGUUCGCGCCUCCGUCGAAAGCCAUGGUCGUUACAGCUCGACCCAACUUGCCGGUCUUUAGACCUCCAAACCUCAUGCGACAUCUCACUUCCAUCCUCACUCGAGGUGCCAGACAAAUCAUGGGCGACAAUGCCCCUGAGUGGGGCGUCGGCUCUCAGAACGUCAUGAAACCUGCUAGCGUUUUAAGAGGCACAUACGGCCGAGGAGAAAAUAAACUUUCCUUCAUGACCAAGGUGCUGACGGAGGGGCGCCCCGUCAACGAGUCUCGGAUCGACGAGAAUACGAAGGUCAUGUUCGUCGGAGAUUCGGCCGAAAGGGACCUGGAAGUGGCGAUUGGCCUCUCGGCGAUGGUUCCAGACAAGGUGGCGGCGCACCUUCUGCACGUCGUGUACAGACACAACAGUGGCGAUCCGACGCAGAUGCAUGCCUCUCACACAGUCCAGACGGGAGAGAAGUUCGACGAAGACGGCGUCUUGAGCAAAGCCGCUGUGACACUCCAGGAAAUCAUUUCGGGAGCAGCGCGCACGGUCGCAGCCGCCACGCGCGCGUUGACGGAGAAGGACGAGCGCGAGAAGCACCGACAAACUCCAAGAGCCUUCACAGAGAGUCAGCCGACAAACAAGAAAAUCAGUUUCCAGGAGGCUCUCGGCAACACCACGCGCUUCGGCAUCAGAGUGGGUCACGCGCUGGUUGACGCGAUUGCCUUGGUGUACGACGUGUACGUCACGAGCGACGACGAAGAAGGCCCGAGGAGCUGCGCCGAGUUGAGUGCAUCUCAGGCGUUCGAGGUGGGCGUCUUGACCGCACGGAAGAUCCGCUUGAUUCUGGAUCUCUACCGUCAUCGCUGGCUUCACACCUACUCGACCUUUCGCACCCGGGAGGAGCAGGAGGCUGCCGGGGCGUCUGUGUCUUCGCGAAUGCUUCCGAUCUUCUUCGUCAAAUGCGGAACUGUCAAGCUGCGCGUAGCCCACGAGGCGCCCCGACAGGCGCCUCUCGACGUCCUUUUGUCGGAAAUGACCGGUGCUCGAGACCGCGUCACCGUGCGCUUCCGAAGCGUCGAUACACUCCACGCGGGCUCCGAACUGGACGCAGAGACCGUGAGAAGCAACAUGCUUGACACUCUGGGAAUCCCCGUCGUCCCCUACGUCACCAGCAUCUCCGCGGUCGCACAAGCCUACGUCCUCGGAAUCGUCGACCUCACCGAUGUGCUCGUCGUCGUCAGAAAGACUUACGAGAUGCUCCGAGCGCAAGGCCCCCUGGCGCAGCCGGCGCGUUUGCUGUCUCUUCUGGACCACUUCCACGACCUGGAGGCCCUCCGCGCCAUGCUGUUCCCAGGCGGGAAGGGGGCGUUGCCUGCGAGUGCGCCGGUGCGCGUGCGGGCGACUGUCGACUAUCUCGAUGAGCUUGGAAAGGUCCAGAAGGCGUUCAUCAAGCGCGCGGCUUAUCUUCGGGCAGUCCCGACCCGCACAGAGAUGUGCAUUCGCGAGAUGGAGCGAAAUGCUGAGAGCCACUACGACCGCAGCCUGAAGCGUCAACGAGGCGCGGCUGGGAAGAGUGCGCCCUUCACGCGGUCGCAGUUCUCCGCCUUCGUCUCUGCGUUUGCCGAGCUGGUCUGCAAGUUUGACGUCGAGCUGUCGAGCGUCCAGUUUGCGGGAGGCGCCGAGGUCCACGGCUUGUCCGUCUACCUCAGCCGCUUGGUGCGCCAGGCCGUCGCUGCGACAGAAACGACGCCUUUUUCAAGCGCGCAGAAGAAGAAGGCGCCGCCGGAGAGCCCUGUCAGCAAGGCUGUGGCAGAGCUAGCGGCCACGAACGCGGGAACGGAGAAAGAAAAGAAAGACCCGAAGAACAUGGGCCGCGGCAAAACCGCAUGCACCCUGUCUGACGAUGUGCGAGUGACAUUUGCCACCAUGUACAAAGCCUUCUGCGCAGACGUCGCUCGAGACGUCUGUCACCUUCUAGAGACGCGAUUGGUUACCAGCGGCGUUCUCUCAGAUUUCAUCUUCCUCGCUCAGGAACGUGGAAGAAAGUAUCAAGGCCCGCUUCGCCUCCCUCACCUCGGACGCGUCGUUUUCAUCGACGAACAUGGCCUCGAUGAUUUUGAAGUGUCUCACCAGAAGCCUCUGACGGAUGUGAUUGGGUCCAUGGGGGCAAAGCUGGACGAAGCGAUCAUGGAGCAAGCGUCGGCGGGAUUCCGCUUCGCAAAGUGGCCUGGCUUGGAUUCGUGGAACCAGUGGACACAGGUUGCAGCGUCCCUGCAAUUAAUUGUCGACUGUGGCUUGUUGAACCGCGGGACGCAGUAGGCGGGUCGACAACAGAAGACCGCGAAUCAUUGGUGGAGUCUCUGCAGGCCAUUCUCAGCGCCUGCGCAGUCGACAGGGCAUGUGGCGGGUCCCCAGUGUGACGUUGCUGCACUUCGCGGGGCGGGCAAAGCGAGAAGCACGGAGGCGGGCGGAAAGGUGGGCAGGGGCAGGGACCCCAGAGAGAACUGUGACGACGACGGCGUUGAACAGGGAAGAGCCAGAAUGUUUUCUGCACGGUGGGAGACGGUGACAGAGAUGAUAGAGAGAGGGCAGAGCGAAGCUACACGCGAUGUGCGCCCUCCCUCGUCAGACGCGUUUGAAGGUGGUAGAUGGAAGGGGAGGUCGACAGUGUCCAAAAUGCCGUGUUCAGUGCAAAUCUGAGAUAUACCGGUUGAAUCGACGAGUUCCCUUCGUCGGCCGUGAGGCAAUGUCUCGAGUGAGAGGCGUCCGAAAGUGGACUGCCUCCAUUAUGCCGGGACAUGUUGAUAGAUUCGUUUUUUCGAAUGAAACCGAGAGUUCUCGAAGGUACAAACUAGCCGGCAGAGUGUCUUCAGCGACGCCCACUCGGGUUGCUUUAGGAACAGUCAAUACAGUUAGUCUCUGUGUUCAAGGAGAGCGCCACGAAUGAGCACGGCAGCACAAGAGAAGCAGUCGUGGCGCAACGCCUCGAAGAGUGAAGACGCUGUGUUACUGCGAGGGGGGAGUCAGGUAGUGAGAGAUCGUCGAUGGUAGAAAGUAGGGUGGAAAUGGAUCGGCUGAGUUUUGUUGUUCCCGUCGUUGUUGGCCGCACCCGGGCACAGAAAGGUGACGCGGUCCUUGCUGCUACUGAGAAAAUAGAGGGCAGUCCGGCGGACACCAAAAAAUGACCCCGUUCACGAGGCUCUCAUCGGCUUGUUCCAUGUUCGCAGAAAUUUCGACUGCAGUUCUGCGGUCCUUCUUUUCUAUGCGCUGCACCGAUGUGGUGCGUGGCUUUCGUUGCUGCCGUGCGCUGCCGCGUUGAGGUUUAGAGGGACAUGUGGAGAGGCGGCUUCAGACAAAGGCGCCGAUUGUCGCUGUGACCCUGGGAAUGUUUGUUGGCCGAAGGGUCGUAUUGAUUUCCUGUGGCUGAAAAUUAAACAUGAAAUGCGCACAAAUCGAACCGGCCGUGAAGUGUGUGUAUUGAAACGCGGCCAGAUUGAGAGGUUGAAACAGUCUAAAAAGCGGCUGUUGUGGUCCGAAACGACGUCUGGCUAGGGGAAAUGCCUCACUUGUGCUGGAAUGCACUGUGAAAUUUCGACGCGUGUGCCCGUUCUGUUCAUCCGAUUCGCACAGCCCGCAGGCGAACCCAGACUGUCGCUUCUGUCGAGCAGAGUUGUGUACAAGUGGUACGGGUGCUGGCGCGGAAAUUCAGGUGUAUGUACAGCUGACACACGUCCGGCAUCGGGAAUUCUCCUGUGAGUCACUAAGGGAUGUCGUUUGUGGAUGACGUAUGGCUAUGUUGAGGCAGAGAAUCCUGGUGGCUCGUCUCUGCAGCGAGAGGCGCAGGGGAAAACAGGACGAAGGAACGAGACCGAAUGACAGUCAUGAUGGUGCAUAGAGAUGGAUUCCCUCGGGAGAUUUGUCUCAUGCAAAUCAGGAACGUCCAGCAAAAUAACGUACCUAGUCGUCUCGCUGGAGAGAGCUGUGCACGGGAAACUGAGAAAAAAACGAGGUCCAAUGGUGACCACUGGGGCGGAAAGCAGUGAUUUUCCAGGGAGAACUGUCUCACAUGGAAGUCAGGAACAACCGUCAAGUGGCGUACUUAGCCGUUCCGUUAAAGAGCCGCUGUUGCAUGCUGUGUGACGAAGACAAGUGGCUUUCUGUAACUGCCGGUGACGGAAGGAGAAAAUUGGUUCUGUUUUGUUGUUGUUUAGUGCGCUGUGUGCUCUACCUCUUUUUUGGAGAGAAAAAACGGAGAAACUGGAGCCAGGAAAGGGUGCUUGUGAAAAAUUUCUCCCAUAUCGCCGCGGAGUACCUGUUUCUGCCGACAGUGUGCUAAACGUGCGUUCCUGAAUCACUUGUCGAGGAGGGAAAGUCCCAGACAGUAAUGAGGGAAUUUACAUGUCGCUCUCGUCCGUAGGAGGCGUCCGAGACCCUGCUUUUCGUUCUAUUUUUUCCUUUUCUUCCCUCCACCCACGUGGAAGCCAUAGCGCACAGAGAUUCGAGGCUGUGAGGGAACGCCCACAAACUGUUUCAGCGAACACUUCUCAGUUCUCAAUCUGGAGAAAAGUCACUUUCGGCCUCUGCUAGAAGAGCUUAUCUGCUGGUACAUGUAAACGAACCGUUUUUCUCACCUCUCCGUGCGCGUAUGCAGAAGCGCCUACCGAGCUGCGCCUACCGGAGGCUUUAAGAGGUCUCUGUGUCACUUUUCUUCAGCAUUAAACGAUUCAUUUAUAUGCUUACUUGGCAAUAAAGGUGUACGCACGCCUGUGUGGCCCGAGUUUCAGUCUUCCAAGCUUGACCGGCUUGCGAAGGAUUCACCGAUUUAGAUUCGAAGAACGCACCACAAUCACGGCGAACGACGAGACAAGGCAGCAUUACUCCUGGCGCGUUGCGUGGUAGCUUGCGAGAAGUUUUAUUCUCGAUGGGGACCUGCAGUUUCGAGCUUUAUAUCCAUACGAAUGGUGACGGCACCGAAAGGCAUCUCUCGAAUGAUGCACGCAGCUGGCAGCGGUAUGCUCUCCACCUUGUCAGACUCCCUUUUUUCUGCUGGUAACUUAUUAUCGCAUCCUUCUUGGGGGAGUCGUUUGCGGAAAAGAAGACAGCUGUCUUCUCCCUUUGACUACCUGCAUCCGCUACGACUUGUGUUCUUUCCUGGUUUUACUCUUUUUUCCGUUCGUGCAGUGGUUCUUACUAGAAGAACUAGCACCGUGCGUCUCCG